GGAAACUCUGCAACUCUUCAAAUACUCUUGUUCUCGCCAUUACUCAGACUACUGCUCGAUGCUUUGUAACACGGAAAAACGAACCGCUUGGGUGGUAGAUUUCUAUUACCGAGAUCAACAUUGCGGGGUAAUUGGCUCUGGUACCAUUCCAGAGCCGUACCAGUACCAGUCACGACGGCAAGAUCGUAUGGUCAUACCUUGAACACCUUUACACCCAUUGUUGUUGAGAGGCGAUAUACUAAUCAACCCCAAGAAGGCCGAGAAAUCUUGAAGGAAGCUGCUUUACUUUGUACAUCCCGAAAUAGGUCUUUUGUCUUUCGCUAAAGCUGCCUAUUACGACGGGUUGAUGCAUCAUUUCUCCUCCCCUGCCCUAUCCAAGACCUCGAGACUUGCCCAGAAAGUCAGCGAGAGGGGCACAUGGAAAUUAAAACCACCAUCGCCCUGCCAUAUCUGGUCGAAGUGAGUGACGGCACAGCAAAUGCAUACAACUGCAUCCUCGUAAUCCACUUAAUUCAGAGACAAUUUUACCAAGAACUUUGAAAGGAAAGGAAGGUGAACUUCAAUGCUUCCAUCUAUUAAGCAUGUAUCCGGAAAAAUACCAUGGUCUCGAACCGCGAACUUCAACCCUCGAACCUCGGAUCUGAAUAAGACAAGCACACCAAAUUCGAGUUGCGUAUCCACAAUUCCCUCCUCCGGAAAGGCUGGAAAAAGAAAUACACUUCGGGACUUUCUCAAAACCGAGUCCCGCGCCCAACGAACACUGCAAGUCAGCAGCGUCUGGGAUUUGACAACUUCUCACGCCCGGAAAACACCUGUCAUCUCCCUCACUCAUCCUACGAGGCGAUGGGGAUUCUAAAAACAUUAACAUCGCCGCCAGGAGAAAUCUAGAGUCAGCUUUCGUGAGAUCAUCUACAGAGGACUUAUCCUAACUCCAGGUUCCAACAUCGAAUUUAGCAAUCGCUCACAUACUACGCUACGCUACGAUACGGAGAUAACAAAAGGUCACUGGUAAAGACCAUACGUAGUUCGUAUAACUCCAUGUUUCAUCCUUCUGCAGGCGAGAAGGAUUUCAACAAUCCGGAGACUAAAAUUACCAGCUACCCGAAUUCCCCGUUUGCAGUUCGUACAUGGCAAAAUUCAUAAGUCGACAGACAAGCCAUCGUUGGGUUUGUCAUCAACGAAAACACACACAUCCCCAUACUCCCUACCGAAAUCCAAGCUCCCAAAUUGCACGUAUCAAAUACAGCAUAAGCACAUUCGAAUAAACAUUGAACGUACUCGUAAAAGAAACAUGACGUACAGUAGCAAACACCUUCGUAUCGCUUCUCGUCUAGCUAAUCGGGUUGUUCCUUAUCAAAGCUCUAUUAAGUAGGUUUCCCUUCCAGCUUCAUCCCUCGACGGGCGUGUCUGGUAUAGUUCGCCUUAUGAGCUUGAUAACCUUCGCUUGAGCCUCGAAAAGGUUCAAUUUUCCUACUUAACCUUACGCACCCUGACCCUGACGUCGAAGCGGCUGUGAAAUUCCAAGGCGGCCUCGUAUUUCAGGUACGGGAUGGGUUGGCGCAUGAUUGCGGCGCUUGACUGCAAUGGUUGAGUACUGUACAAAGGUACGGUAGAUUUACGAAAGAAAGGUUGUACAAAACGUGCGUUUGGAUAUCAUUUGAUGGAUGUUUCUGGAAAGGUACUUGGUCGGGAGCUCGUCUGCUAUUUACUCGUGAUCUAGCUUUUUUCUGUUGCGAUUUCCUCUGGUAUGCGAGAUAAGGUUCCAAUUGUUCCUGGUGCAGUGGUGGUUCGGCCUAGACUUGCACGAGAUCUUUGAUUAAAGUACAAGAUGAUUCGAAGAACUAAACAUCUCAACUCGAUUUCAGCACCUGGUUCCUAAAAAAGAUGGAGGAGGGGAUAUAUAGAGUGGCUGUGAAUGUUUGUUUCGUUUGAAAGCCCCAAGGUUGUCAUCGUCAUUUCUAUGACAUGGGCGAGGUGGUGAGGUCUAGAGACUUGGCACCCAUGACGGUGUAGUGAAAGCCGACCAUCUACCCAAGCCAGGCCAGGCUCGUCAGGUACGGUACGGUAGCAGUACGGUACACCCAAACGAAACGAAAAAGCCUCUCCAUUCCAACCUCCCUCCAGCCCAGAUAUCCAGCCCAGGUUACACGCCUAUCGUCCACGGAAGACCAGCAACGGGCAUGAAAUGAAUGACGGCGGACCUGCGACUGCGUGAUGGGAAACCUCGGCGUUCUGUCGCCAGGAGGAAGUAUAGCUGUAAGCCUCAACCCCUCAAAUCAAAACAAGAGACGGUCUACCACAAGAGCUCUGCAUCGGAUGUCUUGGCCCCGCUGGUAUCAUGGAUACUGAUCAAGAUGCUAGGUGGGCAUUCUCGUCGGUCUGAUCUCCACGAGCGUGCAGAGUCUCGGCCUCACCCUCCAACGCAAAUCCCACAUCCUCGAAGACGAGAAGGGGCCCCACGAUGUGCGACGACCACCCCAUAGACGGAGGCGAUGGCAGUUGGGGAUGGGAAUGUUCAUCAUCUCGAAUCUGGUGGGGAGUACCAUACAGAUAACCACGCUGCCAUUGCCGGUCUUGUCGACAUUACAAGCAUCCGGACUGGUCUUCAACUCGAUAUGCGCCACCUUGAUUUUGGGCGAGCCGUUUACGAGAUGGUCCUUGGGAGGGACGAUAUUAGUAUCGAGCGGGGCAGCGCUGAUAGCCAUCUUUGGAGCCAUACCCGAACCACCGCAUACAUUGGAUCAGUUGUUGGUGUUGCUGGGGCGGAAGACGUUUGUGUUAUGGAUGAUCUUUCAAGCGAUUUUGGUUAUUGCGAUUAUCGUCAUUGCGGGCUGCUUGUCCAACUUUUCCAAUCUACCUGGAAGUCCUCGAAUACGACUGUUGAAGGGUUUAGCAUAUGGAUGUAUAAGUGGAAUCUUGUCUGCGCAUUCCUUGUUGGUGGCCAAAUCGGCCGUGGAAUUACUGGUUCGGACGAUCAUAGAUCAUGUCAAUCAGUUCAAUAGAUGGCAAUCAUGGGCCAUACUUAUAGGACUUGUCACAUUGGCUCUCACCCAGCUCUACUUUCUUCACAAGGGGUUGAAGCUAGUUUCCACGAGCGUAUUAUACCCGCUCGUCUUUUGCGUUUACAACAUUAUAGCCAUUCUGGAUGGCUUGAUAUACUUUGAGCAAAUCGACCGAUUACCCGCUCUUCAUGCCGGCUUGAUAGCAUUGGGAACUGCUAUUCUGCUCUCCGGCGUCCUCGCCCUAUCAUGGCGUCUAUCAGAUGAACAAACACAACCAGCAGUCGCACAAAGCGCUCUAGCACCAGGUCUCGGAUUCGUCGAAGACACCGACAACGAGGAAUACUCUGACGAAACAACCGCCGACGAAGAAGCAGCAAUAGGCACCCAACACCGCGCUCUCCUAAGCGAAGAACCCAUGACCCCCACCACAAAACUAGACACCGUCCUAGGAGCCACGCGUCACGUCCGUAAAACCGUCCGCCUCACCGAAGCCGACGAGAUCUGGGGCGAGCUCCAAGACGACGACACCAAACCCAACUCUCCCGCUCCCCGACGCUCCUCCUCCAAUCUUCUCCCUCCCCCCAAGAGACCAGGGCUCACCCAACCCGAUCCAGAGCCGAAUGAACAAACGAGUCUAUUGAGGAGCACCUCGAAUCGUAAACGUAGGAGACACAGUGGCUUCCCGGGGUUCACCGCGAGACCGCAGUCGAGGGGCUUGAGGAGACGGGUCACCUCCCAACCUCAGGAGGCGACGGGGGGGUUUUGGAAGAUGAAGUGGUGGAGGAGGGGGGGUGAGGGACCUCCUGAUCCGGGGGGUUCGGGGAUGGGGACGGGUGAGGGGUCUUCGAGGAGGGGGGAUGGUGGAGAUGGUGGGGGGAAUGGGAAUGGAAAUGGAUAUGGAUUUGGGAAUGUGGUAUAG